UUUCGUUGAAAUAAUAAAUUCUUAAAGUCUAAAUUAAACAAUUUAUCGCCGCUGGCUCACUGGGUUAUUACUUAGUAAGCACAACUACUAACAGCAGAACCAAUUCGAGCGCGUCAAUAACUUAACACUACGCUCUAGCCGCUAUCAGUGAAAAAUUCGGCGUUCAACGCCUCUAAGACCGGGCGCCUAAAAGAGCAGCGAUCAACGCGACAUUGUUAUCAACAACAAUAAACGCGCAUAGCGUUUAACUAAGCAGCGCGUCAGUCAGUUAUGCUGCGCGGCAGACGACGGCGCCGCUUGAACGUCGAUCGUUGAUCGUCUUUUAACAUAUGUACAUCAGCGCGAAGCGAAGCGAACUUGCAAGGCUCCCAAAUAGCAAAGUAAAAUUCAGUUGACUCAAAUGUGCUGUCGGAUGUGGAAGUGUGUGAAUACGCCAUACUUGUUGAGUAUCGUUUAACCGUUGAAUUUGAAAAGACAUCAAUUGGAGUGUACUAACUUAGAAGAAAGAGUGCGCAAAAAACAAACGAAAAUUAUUUAAAAUUACAGUUACCCACCCACCAGCAACACAAACAGAACAUGUCGAACGUGAACAACGAGGAAGCGUUCAAUAUACGCAUUGAUUACUUGCAACCCGAAACGAUAGAGAUCGCCAAAAACGAACUGCGCGAAACGCCCGAAGUUAAAGAGGCCGCGAUCAAGGAGUUGCGCGAACUGCUGCACGCCGCCAACGAUAUACAUUACAAGGAUGACGAUGAGUUUCUAGUGAUAUUCCUACGCGCUUGCCAUUUCUAUCCACAGAGUGCGCUCGAGAAGAUGCGCACCACCGCCGCCUUCCGCAAAGAUAAUGCCGCCCUCGUCCAUGGCCUGCUCAUCGAACAGCUCAAGGAUAAAUUCAUACAAUACGGCAUUGUGAAUGUGUUGAAGAAUUGCGAUCAGCAUGGACGACGUGUUAUGAUUGUGAAUUGUGGUGAAUUAUGGGAUCCCAAUUCGGUACCGUCCGAUGAUGUCUUCCGUAUGCUGUAUAUGGUGCACAUCGCCGCCCAGCUCGAACCGGAAACACAAGUGCGCGGUGUUGUCUGCAUAAUGGACUUUGACGGGCUGUCAAUGCGACAGGUUAGAGCUUUGUCGCCGAGUUUCUCGAAACGUCUGCUCACCUUCAUACAGGAUGCGAUGCCGUUGCGCAUGAAGGAGGUGCAUUUUGUGAAACAACCAUUCAUCUUUAAAAUGGUGUGGGCGCUCUUCAAGCCAUUCGUGCGCGAGAAGCUCAAUAAGCGGAUGCAUUUCCACGGCAGCGAUAUGAAGUCACUGCAGAAAUUCCUCUCCCCCGAAAUCCUGCCUGAAAACUACAAAGGUACACAACCGAAAAUUGAUUAUGGCGGUGCCGAUUGGUUCCCCGCGCUGGAGAAACACGCCGAUUUCGUUAAAGAGUGGUCUGAGCUGGGCCCGGCGAAGUGGUAAAGUGGAGCGCGCACACAAAUUGCUACAGAACCAAAGGCUGUACUACAUUCCUUCGCUCUCACGCUGUUUUCGCGCUGUGUGUGUGAAAAGCAAAAUGCACAUGUCUAUUGAAGAACAAAGAAAAAACCAAAAAAACAACAAAAAAAAUUAAAUCCAAAUUUUUUUUUGUUGAAAAAAAGUUACAUAAAACGCCGACUUCCGACUUUUUUUUCGCAACUCGCGUCUUUCACCUACACACACCUGUAGUUUCUAAGCAUUAUUCCAUUUUUUUUAUGAAACCACUACAUUUUAGUGUAAAUAAAAGUGUUAAAAAUAAU